AUGUAUCUCCAACGUAUUGGCGCCGUCGUCGCCUUUCUCUGCUUCUUCUUAGAAGCUGUCUGGGCGGCGGGAUGUGCUAAUGUCACAAUCAAAUCUCAGGAUGACGCUGAUGAAGUUCGAAAGAACUGCAAAGACAUCCAGGGAUACCUGACUUUUGACGACUACCUCGACGAGUCCAUCAAUCUCGAUGGUAUCGAGUUUAUCAACGGGGAUUUCAGGUACACGGGAGAGUCCGAAUGGGGGAAUGAAACAGAAAUCGGCGGACCGUAUCCCACAACGUUGAAGCCUAUCACAAUCGAAUGUUCAACACUCAAGACGGUCAACGGCUCCAUCUACUUCUGGGCCUUUGAGGGCCUCUCGGAGUUCUUACUUCCCAAGCUCACCAGAGUCGAGGAGUCUUUUACCCUUCAGCGCAUGCACUACCUCAGAAAGCUCGACAUUACCAAGCUCGCGCAUCUGGGGGCCUUCACCAUCGAGGCGAACCACCUCACUGAACUGAAACACGAGGGGCUCAAGGGUUUCACAGACGGCGCUUUCUCGCGAAGUAUUCGGUUCUGGGGCAUUAGGGUUUCAUCUGUCGACAGCUGGUUCAAGUAUCCCCUGACAGCCAUCGCUCGAGAUUCGGAGUAUGACCUCACGUCGUGGGCGCCCGUGCAUAUCGACGCCAACCGCAUUCCAAAAAUCAAAAGCGUCACCAUCGGAUACGCAAACACCAGCAAGAUCUGGGUCGAGGGAAACGACACUGAGCUCACGCUCGGCAGCUCAGAAACUGAGACGAUGAAUAUUGGGUUCCUGCAACUUCAGGGCGACCUCACCAAGAUCACGCGCGCACCCAACGUCAAGGAGAUCAAUGUCGGCCAGCUAUAUUUUAGAGGUUCUUCUUUGAAGGAGAUUGACCUAACCAUGUUUGACAAGAUUACCAACCUCACGAUUUAUGACCAUGGAAAUCUGCAGAGGAUUCGAAUGCCAGCCAAAGCCGUCGACUGGGAGGACAUGACAAUCAGUAUUGAGAUGAACCAGAACCUCACCCUUAUAUCAGAGUAUCGCGACCCCGAGAACAAGACAGACCAGUUCUGGUACUGGCCUAAAGGAAACAUCAGCAGAAUCAGCAUCAUGGGUAACCCUCUCUCCACCGGAUUCUUCGACUCAUUCCUCGCAGCCCGCAACGGCUCUAACCCGCCAAAGGUCCUGGACUCUUUCUACUUGGCGCAGGCUCCACUCCAAUGGUCAGAACCGAUGGGAUUCAACUGCACGCCCUUUGAGGAGCUUUAUAAUAGGUCUGUCCUUCCCGAGAACUAUAGAUGCGAGAACUACGACUCAUUGUCUUCUGCGAGCCAUGUCUGGAUGAGUUGGGGCUUUGUCGGGGUAGCGUUUCUGUCGAGUGUUCUCUACUUAUCCUAG